UCAAAAUUGCCAAAUCCGCCGAAGCAUUGAUUGCGCUCGCGUGAUCGUGAAUUUUAAAGCUGCUUCUGGCAGUCAAUUAUAUCUGCACAAUAAAUAGCGCGAUCCAUGUUGCGCCCAGAUAAUUAGUUAUAUAAGUUCAGGUUUUCGGUUUUAUUCUGAUAUACAGUAGUCCCGCGACCAUGGCUCACUGUACGAGAGUUUUGCAUGGCCAGGGGAGCAGGACUCGCACGGUACUCUUGGAGAUCCAGCAAAGAUGCUUCAGCGUAUCGCCCCUCACUGCAGCCGCCGCUCAGGUGGCAAUGUCGAAGUUCGACAAGGUGUCACUGCCUUACGAGAAACUGGCGCAAAAUUUAGAAAUUGUCAAAAAGAGGUUAGGCCGUGAUAUGACCUUGUCUGAAAAGGUGCUCUACUCGCACUUGGAUGACCCUAAGGGACAGGAAAUCGAGCGUGGCACCAGCUACCUCCGCCUGAGGCCAGACCGCGUGGCCAUGCAGGACGCCACCGCACAGAUGGCCAUGCUGCAGUUCAUCUCCUCCGGUCUUCCCCGUGUAGCCGUGCCAUCCACCAUUCACUGUGACCACUUGAUUGAAGCCCAGAUCGGUGGCAACGAGGACUUGGCUAGAGCUAAGGACAUCAACAAAGAAGUAUACAAAUUCUUGGAGACGGCUGGAGCUAAAUACGGAGUGGGCUUCUGGAAGCCUGGGUCCGGUAUCAUUCAUCAGAUCAUUCUGGAGAACUAUGCCUUCCCCGGGCUCCUCAUGAUCGGUACCGACUCCCACACCCCCAACGGUGGUGGUCUCGGUGGACUUUGCAUUGGUGUGGGCGGCGCCGAUGCCGUCGACGUCAUGGCUAACAUCCCCUGGGAACUGAAGUGCCCGAAGGUCAUCGGUGUCAAGCUUACUGGUAAACUAAAAGGCUGGACGUCCCCGAAGGACGUGAUCCUGAAGGUGGCUGGCAUCCUGACAGUGAAGGGAGGCACCGGCGCUAUUGUGGAGUACCACGGGCCCGGCGUAGACUCCAUCUCCUGCACUGGCAUGGCCACCAUCUGCAACAUGGGCGCCGAGAUCGGAGCCACCACCAGUGUGUUCCCCUACAACUCUCGCAUGGAGGCGUACCUCAAGUCGACGAACCGCCACGACAUCGCCAAAGCCGGCAACGCCUUUAAGCACCUGCUCACACCCGACCCCAAGGCUCCCUAUGAUGAGCUGAUCGAGAUUGACCUGUCGACCCUGGAACCUCACGUGAACGGCCCGUUCACGCCCGACCUGGCGAACCCCAUCUCGAAGCUAGGCGAGGAGGCCAAGAAGAACAACUGGCCGAUCGACAUCCGCGUCGGCCUCAUCGGCUCCUGCACCAACUCCUCCUACGAGGACAUGGGCCGCUGCGCCAGCAUCGUCAAGGAGGCGCUGAGCCACGGCGUGAAGUCGAAGGUCCCGUUCAACGUGACGCCGGGUUCAGAGCAGGUGCGCGCCACCAUCGAGCGCGACGGCAUCGCCAAGACGCUGCGGGACUUCGGCGGCACUGUGCUAGCUAACGCGUGCGGCCCGUGCAUCGGGCAGUGGGACCGCAAGGACGUGAAGAAGGGCGAGAAGAACACGAUCGUGACGUCAUACAACCGCAACUUCACCGGCCGCAACGACGCCAACCCCGCCACGCACUGCUUCGUCACCAGCCCCGAGCUGGUCACCGCGCUCUCGCUCGCUGGUCGCCUGGACUUCAACCCGCUGACGGACGAGCUGACGGGCACGGACGGCAAGAAGUUCAAACUGUCCGACCCGUUCGCUGACGAGCUGCCCUCCAAGGGCUUCGACCCCGGCCAGGACACCUACCAGCACCCACCCGGUGAUGGCUCCAAGGUGCAGGUGGACGUGUCCCCAUCCUCGGACCGCCUGCAGCUGCUGUCCCCCUUCGACAAGUGGGACGGCAAGGACCUCACCGACCUCACCAUCCUCAUCAAGGUCAAGGGCAAGUGCACCACGGACCACAUCUCCGCCGCCGGGCCCUGGCUCAAGUACCGCGGACACCUGGACAACAUCUCCAAUAACAUGUUCAUUACAGCAACAAACGCGGAAAACGGCGAGCUGAACAAAGUGAAGAACCAACUGACGGGCGAGUACGGGCCAGUGCCGGCCACGGCGCGUGCAUACAAGGCGGCCGGCGUGCGCUGGGUGGUGAUCGGCGACGAGAACUACGGCGAGGGCUCCAGCCGCGAGCACGCCGCGCUCGAACCCAGACAUCUCGGUGGCAGGGCUAUCAUCGUCAAGUCCUUCGCUAGGAUCCACGAGACGAACCUGAAGAAGCAGGGUCUGCUGCCGAUGACGUUCGCCAACCCCGCCGACUACGACAAGAUCCAGCCCACGGACAAGAUCUCGCUGCUCGGACUGAAGGACCUCGCGCCCGGCAAGCAAGUGGACUGCGAGAUCAAGCACGCUGACGGCAAGACGGAGCGCAUUAAGCUGAACCACUCACUCAACGAGCAACAGAUCGCGUGGUUCCGCGCCGGCUCAGCUCUUAACAGGAUGAAGGAAAUCGCGCAAGGAAAGAAGUGAACCAUUUAGUCCCACAUACUUGCACUGGCUGCUAAAACCCCAUAAAUUAUCACCCGAGCUUCCAUAGUUCUGCCACUGUCUUUAUAGAAGCGUACAGACAGACAAAACUCUCUCAACAAAGCUCGGGUUAUAAUUUAAAACUCAAUAAAAUCAUCCUAAGUAAUUUAUUUUAGCUUAGAAGUUUUUGUACCCAGGUUGUAAGGUUGGCAGCGUGUGAUGAGAGAAUUACCUUGAUGUACUAGUUUUUAUCAUUGAUGCUCAAUAAGGGUAGCUUGAUGAAUUUUUUUAAUUAUGGAAUGAAAAGUUGCCAAAAAAACUAGUGCUCAAGGUGUGUUCGACGUUGCCGUUAAAAUGAAGUGCAAUUUUACGAGGUAAUGAACAACAGAGCUUUGGGAAGGUACUUAGAAUAACCGCCUUAUUACCAGUGCAAGUCGUUACCAGUUUUUUAGUAUGUCCUGAAGCGCAUCUUUUUAAACGGUCGGACAAUACAGCGCUGCAGUGAGAAUCUAUUGUUAUCUAGUAGCGUAGUACAAAGCGAAAUACUUAGAUAAAGUAGUUAAUAAGUAAAACCUUUUUUGUCUUCAAAUCAAAUCAGCAAAUCGAUUUCUUUUUUAAUUAUUUAUGUAAAUAAAAUAUUUACCAACCGAAAAUAAAAUAUAAUGUAAAUUA